UUGUUAGGGUUUCAAGGUCAGUCAUUGGAGGCACGGAGUUUGGCAACUCGCAUAACCUAGGAUUUAGUAAAACAGGAUAUGCUUAUCAACAUGCUUAUUGGUAAGGCUCAUCACAUGAGCUUUGAAAAUGAAAAUGAAAGUGCUUUGUUCCCUAUUACUCUGAAUUGGAACUUUGGUGAGUUCCUUUGUUUAAGCUGGUUCACUGCCUCAUCAGGCUACAACAGCGAGUCUAUUAAUGGAAGCCAGCUCGUGACAACCCUGAUCAAAGCAUCCAAGUGCAAAACAAAUGAUUCAAUGACCUAAAAGCAUGAAGUAUUCGCCUUUGCCUUCGUGAUUUCCUGUUUCACCUUUGAGAUUGCUGGAUAUUAUAGACAGUACCUAUCGUAGUUUUAUCGCCUUUGGUUUAUUUAUUACCUGACGUUAAAAUACGAACAUCAUUCCACUUGCUCCUCUUAAUCACACCUAGUCCUCCCCUGCUGGCGUCUCCCCACUUUUAACCCGUCCACUCGGCCCCAUCUUCUCGGGUUCUAGACUCCAGACCCUCCUCCGGACUUCCCUUUCCUCAACCCGCGCGUCAACUUGAACCUUGAACAACUCGAGACAAUAACAUUUUGGAUAUCCUUCAGGAAAAAUAUAUCAUAUUACCAUACUCUUCACCUUCAACACCAGUAUUAUACCCUCAAUUUCUCGCGACUUGCUACCUCACGUCCUGUCGCGCAUCAUACUAUGGCAGCGGCUGGCCUGAUCGAUCCAACAAAGACGGGCAACUAUCCCGUCAUCCUCGGCGAUGCUCUCUUAGGCAAGACAUCCAACGAGAUCUUCACCGGUAUCAAGUACAAUCACAAGCCGACACUCUCGUCAGACUCAGCCCCCAACUUAGCUCGCAUAAAACCCUCUAUCCCCGGAAAGACGGCAUCCUACGACCUCACAUAUACCGACAACGACGCAAAGUAUGCUUUCACAGGGACAAGAAAUAAAGAUAGUGGUCAAUAUGUUCUUUACUUCGACCCCAGCCGCGAGGCCUUUAUCCUCGAUCUUGUCGACUCUACUUUCAACAUGAACGUCACCCGACUGCCUGGUAACGCCGAUGCUGACAGUCUCCGUCGACAGUAUCCUCGCAUCGACAGCGCAUCAAACGGCGCAUCAAAAACAAACGUGAAAGCUGAAAAGAGUGCCUCCGACAAAUCCAAUGCCAAAGCACGCGCCAAAUCCACCACACAGAAGAGAGAUGUCAAGCGCAAGCCCGAGAAGAAGCAGGCCCCCAAGAAUAUCGAGCUCUCACUACCAGUACCUCAAUCUAACGAACAAUCAAAACCUGCGGAACCCAAGAAGCGUACACCAGCCCCUGAAGAAGAGGACGAGGACGAGGAUGAUGACGAUGGUGGUCUUCUUGUCGAGUAUCCUGGCGCCGACACCAACACAGCGCGUAGGACUGACUUCUCGCCUGCUUUCCCAUCUGUUCGCCGCUUUGAUGAAUUCAUGGAUCAGCGCGAGUCUGAAGGUGAUGAUGCCGACGGCGAGGAAGAUGAUGAUCCAGACUUUGAGUUCAAGCUGCCCAGCCCUGUCAACAACCGUAGUCAAUAUGAGACUGGGCCCGAUCCUAUGGACGUAGACGGGGAAGAGGAAGGGGAGGAAGGACCAGAAGUCGACCUCGCCAAAGAACUCGAGGACGCGUUCGAAAACCUGGAGAACAGCCAACAAGAAAGCCCCGAUGGGGAUGAAAGUGAGAUUAGUGAAGAGGACUAAAAAGGGUUUGGAUUAUUGGGCCUUUCGGUUUAGAUUUUGUUUAUAUGCGGCGUUUCCACGGGAUCUAUGGCACAGUUACUGUCAGAAACAGUAGUUAUGCUGUUGACCGGGCGUUGGAAAAGAGCCAUUUUCAAGGGAAUACUCGACGAUACCACUGCCACUACCAGUACGACUCCUGGUACCAUUUCUGGCUAUACUAUUCCAAAGCAAACACACGAUGAAGAAUAUAAUCAUAUAGAGAAAACACCGUGCUUAUGGUGCCACUCAUGCUAUCCUCUCAGCCCCUUCUCCUUGAUCAUCAUACUUCCAUUUCUCUCCAGGCAAAUGAUCCGUGAUGCCCUCGAUCGCAUCCUCAGACCAAAGAUGGACCUCCGAAUAGGAUAACUGCCGGCCCCAGGUUUUCAGGCCGUCUUUGUCGAACGUUCCAACAGACAUGCUAAUCUUUUCCGACUUUUCAUUGCGCCAGAAGAGCCAGCUGCCGCAAUUGGAACAGAAGCCCCGUGCUGCUUCCGGUGAGGCGUGGUAUCGCGAUAGCGUCGUCUGAGAGGUGAACUCUACGCUGGAAGCAGGGACUGAAUGAAGCCAUGCAAUGAGAGAGCCGCCAUUCUUACGGCACUGGGAGCAUUGGCAGGUUGAACACUGUCAAGUGAUGGUUAAUACAGUGAGAUCUGAGAAACGGAAGUGAGACGUACGCUUCUCUUCCAGUCAUGGCCAGAUGGAAAUUUCAGCGUGUAACGAACUGAGCCACAGAGACAUCCGCCAGAGACGCUUGUAGGGUAUUCUUCUGAGGCCAUUGGGUUGCUUUUAUAGGAGUGAUAGUGGCAAUGAGACCGAAGUGUUCGAAAUUAAAAGUAGUGAGAUGAGGAAGAGGCUAGAGUGUUAUAUUGCAUAGUGCUGAAGGGCGUGACCCCUCAUCGAGGCGCUUUGCCCGCGGCAAGAAUGUCAAUGGCGCCUUUUGCUUCCCUGUUUACUGAACAUCCAUAAAUUCAGAACUCCUGGCGUCAUUAUUCUCAUGGCCGGUAUAUUGAUGCCUACAUAUCAGGUUCAGGCAUGGGUAUGAAUGCAUGCAUGCCUCGCCAACCACACUCCAUGAUAUCCGAAAAGAAGAAUACAAAUACUGGGUCAGUACGCCAGUUGAUGUUUAUAUCGUAACAUACUUAGACAGCCUCCCAUUUUGCAAGCCACCCGACGCUUUCGCCCGCGUUUCUAACUAUACAAUAUCGUCCUUCCUUUGCGUUUUCCUUGACAUCGUCUAAAACCUUGUCUAUCGCGAUUGAACCAAUGGCCAUCCCGUGACCCUCAGUUAGACUAAAUGAUCCGGUGGUGACGAAGCCAACGAGAUCUUCGACGUUGGGAACAAGGGGAUGGCCGUUCAUGUCGGAUUUAUUAGCCGGCGUAAAGGGGUAAGGCGCAGGUUUAGACACGAGUUCAGCGGCAAGUUGACGCUUCAAUGAUUCCAAGUCGCGGGGUGUCGAGGUUCUGCAUGCUUUGUUCUUUGUAGACAGAGACGGCCGGGCCUGAGAAAGCCAUUGGGACCGGAGAUCAUAUGGAAGUGAGGAGGGUGUAGAUAAUGAACCCGGAGGAAUAGUGGCAGGGACUUCGGCUUCAGAGGACUGUGGAUCUGUGGUAGGACGAGAUGGGAGGCGGUAGAUGCGAGCACAGGGUGUGACAACGCCCCUAGAGAUUAGAGAUAUACGGACGCCAAGAAGAGCGUUUAUUGGUAUUGCUGAAGGGGUAGACGGAGAAGUGACGGCUUGGUUAAAAACAUCUUUCGAGAUUUGGCGCAGCUGGUAAAUGCGUGGCUCUUGUUGCUUCGGUACUUGUGUUGAAGCUGAAUUUUCGUCCUGGCUCACGUCCAUCGCGCCCUCAGUAUUGUUCUCUUCGCUAGUUUGUGAAUCUCCUGCAUUGAACAAUAGCUCAAAAUCGCUAGCGAAACCAUCGCCGAUCUCGCCCUUCCUCCCACCGCCCAGAUCGAGUGAUUCCCAGGCGGUUCUCUUGCUCUUUGGUCGCUUCUCCCAAGCCGCUCUUCUUUUUCGACGCGCCUCGAGCUCCCAUGCAGCACCAGCCUUGGUUCCGGGAAAAUCCCCUGGGAACCAAGUCUGGCCUCGUUCGAAGGCGACCUGGCGGAUCUCGUUCAAACCUGCGAAUCGUGGGUUACCCCCUGAAGAGAGGGGAUAAUGCACCAAAGAGUACCAGAGAUGCUGUAUACACUUCCAUGGGGCAAGCAGAGUCCAUGUACCUUGCUUCUGUGUGCCUCUAUCCGUGCGGGAAGCCAACAGGAUGACCGGGAUUGGGGGAUCAUCUGCUGUGAGUUUCAAGGAGGUUCCGGGAGCAUUUUUUGCUCUUCGUCUAUCGAUUUGUUUCUGUGAAGGGAAGCAGGACGCGGCAUGGCGAGUGUCGCGAUCGAAAAUGGCAUACGGGUUUAAAUUCUCCUCGGCCGACCACGACGCUAUCUUUUCGAGGAGUUGGAGUUGCGACUCUGGGUCUUCAGGAACCUCCAGGCGCCUUGGAGGAUAUUGAAGACGGGGAUCCUGCACCGAGAACCCCAACACCGCGCCAGCAGGGAGAGUGGCUGCAUUUGUUAAACCGGCCAGCCCUUGAAAAAUCUCAGUAUGAUUUGUUUUCGUCUUGUCCUUUACGGGAUAGGUACGUAAUAUAGCUAGCAGAGCUUCUGUAGACCCCGGUCCUGUCAGGUCUAGGCUUCCAAUCUCAAAUCGAAGAUCUUCGAUGUAAAGCCUAGGGUUUUCCUGCUUUAUCAAAGAUAGUAACUCGUUAAACAGCUCCAGGAAGGCUGAGGGGUGGAUCCUCAAGAAGACCUGUCUCGAUUCUUGCUUAAGCUCCUGGCUGUCUUCUUGUGCCGAUGGUUCGGGGUUCCAUAAGAUAGUACAUGGUCCGAUCAUCUUUCGGUCGACUUGAUUCUGCUGUCCGGUUUGAAUUUCCCGACUCAGAACACCGGUCCAUGAGCGGGUUCCGAUCCUCCACUUCUUUCCCUUGUCGUUCCAACAUGAAUCCUGAACAACCCCUAUCCGCUUCAACACACGUUCUAUGCCAGCGUGUUUGCCGUAAAGCCCAAUUGUGCUCAUGUAGCUCAUCUCCCAUACAACUGCGCCUCUGUCGCCCUGAGCUCGAUGUGUAGGUCGGUAUAUCUUUUCGUUUGGUGUCAAUGGGAUAGCGAACCGCCAUAAAGGUUCCAACGGAUCAGUCAUACGUGCUCUUUUCGCAUGCCAUGAGUGUGUUGGUAACCAUGUCUUGUUCAGUUGACGCUUGCGGAACUUGGACUUUGGCUUUGGAGGUUCGUUGAGCUCGUUUCGUCGAAGUUUUGGUCUCGGUGGUCUUCCUAUUACAGCCAAUGCUUUGUCUUUACUGACAUCUCCAUCCUGCUUCGCCUUCGCCAUCGCUACGCUAGCCUUGCGUUUCCUCGCUGCCAAUAUUCCCAACUUUCGUGCUGUUUCGGAUCUUAUUUUCGCUCGUGUUGUUCUAGGUUUCCUCCUUCUAGCUUCGACUACCGGAGUGUUGUCGUCUUUCAUCUCUUUAAGCGCACGUUUUCUCAGUCGGCGAGGCACCCGUUUGGGGUUGUGACUCGCCGUGCGGCGGCGUAAGCCUCUGGGUACCUUCUGGAAGGCACGACUGCUAGCAACAGCUUUCGAUGUGGCCAUGCUCUGUUCAAGAGCGCGAAUCUCGAACUCGUGGGCGGCCACAAAAGCCUGGAGAUCAAGUUCGCCAUCUUUGAGUGCAGCUUCGGCGGGCUGUGCAGGGAUACUGCGUGCAGAAUGAACCACGGAGCGCUUCUCCCUACGGCCAUUCGAUGCAGGCGUGUCGGCCUUUCGCUUUCUGCUGUCUGGCCCAGGUUGGGCUCCGGUAGAAGAUCCCGGAGCCAUGGCGAGAGAGUUGUUGUGAAGAUAUCAAAUUUGGGAGUUCUUGG